AUUGUGAUUUAUCAUCAUCUUUAUUUUGUGUCAUUUGUAAAUGAAUAUGAAAGACAAAUUUGUUCCUUUUUGUCUAAGUCUAAACAAAUUCCCAUAGGACACGUGUACUCAAUUUUCAGUUUCACAAUUUAAAGCUUUUAUUGCAAGUCUGUCAAACGCACUCGUUCCACGGAUUGUGUGUUGGGGUUUGAAGUGGUUCAAAAUAUAUUUGUAACAACUAGCGACAACAAUGUCCGAAUUCAAGGAUUGGUUUAAUAGUGUUCCCUUUUUUACGCGGUAUUGGCUUGCAGCGACAAUUAUAUUGAGCGUGUUGGGAAGAUUCGGAAUUUUCAAUUAUUAUUACUUUAUUCUGGAUUUUAAUCUGAUAUUUUAUAAAUUUCAGAUAUGGCGACCGAUCACUGCAGUCUUCUAUUAUCCAAUCAGCCCCUCAACAGGUUUUCAUUUUCUAAUAAACUGCUACUUCUUGUACAGUUAUUCACAGCGACUGGAGUCAGGGAUGUUUGCAGGGAAACCAGCUGAUUACUUAUAUAUGCUUUUAUUUAAUUGGCUGUGCUGUGUUCUACUUGGCCUUUUUACAGGAUUGCCAAUAAUUAUGGACCCAAUGGUGUUAUCAGUACUAUAUGUGUGGUGUCAACUCAACAAAGAUGUGAUUGUGUCUUUCUGGUUUGGGACACGGUUCAAGGCUAUGUAUUUGCCCUGGGUUUUGCUGGCUUUCAAUUUAAUUAUUAGUGGAGGUGGUAUUCUGGACAUAAUGGGAAUCCUUGUCGGUCACCUGGCAUUCUUCUUAUUAUUCAAAUAUCCACAAGAAUUGGGUGGACCCUCUCUGUUAACACCACCUGCAUUUUUAAAACAGAUUUUCCCUGAUACACGGUAUAUGGGGGGCUUUGGUACUGCUCCACAAGAGAGAGUGCCCACUAGGCCAGGAUCCACAGUCCUUGGGGGACAUAAUUGGGGCAGAGGGCAUGCAUUGGGGGGUAACUGAGUGAUUAAGUUAGUGUUUGGAAAUAGACUGUGUUAUUUAAUUUUUUUUAAUAAAGUGUUUGAAUUUAAAAGAUUUUUCUUACCUAUUCAGUGUAAUGUAAUUUUUUUCUUGUUAUAGGGAAAGCCCCCUUUUGUUAAACAAGAAAGAUAUUGUAUGUUAACAGGCCAUAUUUUCUUUUAUAUAUAUUAUCGAGGAAAAGUAACAUAGUCUAUUUCCUUCAUAGAUUUUGACAUUAUGAAAUUCACAUUUUAUUUUGAGAGAAAGGAGAUUCUUUCUUUGAAAAUUAAAAUGGAUUUAUACAAAUAUUUAGUCAACAAUAUUUUAUUCUAGUUGAUAAAGAUGUAUCUAUGUUAUAGUUUGUUUAAUAAUUUAGGUUAAUUGUACCCUUUACAAUUGAAUAGUUAAAACUAACAGCGAUCCGUAGGCGCAUUUGGAACUAAUGGGACUAAUGGCAAGAGGCAUGAUGUUUGCUUUCGAGUUGUAUUCCUUAAGUAAACUAUAACAAAUAUAAGAUAGGAAAAUUUACAAGAAAUUAACCCAAGCACUCAUCCGUCUCUUUCUACCAAAUUCUGUUUACAGUGUUAUAAAAAGAGACAACAGUGUGUAUUGUAAAAUCAGUGUGAUGACUGAAUCGCGAAUGUUGAGUAACGUAAGUCUAACCACUGACGGUCUCGCUCGAAGGCCAUAGGUGCUUCAGUAUUUUUUUACUUUUCAAUAAACAGUAAUGAUAAAAUUUAUGCAUUUCUUAGGUAUUUGUGGUUUGUAGCUUGCGGAAUGUAUCGGUGAAUCCCGAUUGGGCCCAGACAUAAUUUUAGACCAUUCUAUAAUUUUGUAAAAUUAUUAAGUUAACGUAAAAUACUAGAAUAAUAAAAAUAUAUAGAAGAAUCUUUGCGUUGUUGGUCAUGUUAUAGAUUAGCGAUGCAUCAUACCUUGUACCGGCUUAGUCACUGUCAAAAUUUUCCCAACAACCAAUAGUUUGCCACUUGGUCAUUGUGACAUUUUUGACAGUGACAGCCGGUGCACUCAAUCCUCGCUCAGACUUAUGCUGAAAAUAACGCGUUCAUAGAUUUACACUUACAAAUUGAAUGAUAAUAUUAAUUCUUGCUUAACGUGAGUUAAGUUCGGUUGCGGUUGUUAGGGGGAUGUUCAAAUGUAUGUACUCUACCCAUAUAAUAAUAAUAACUAACAUAAUAUUAGGCGUAGUGGGGUUGAGACACUGAAUUAACAAAACACUAGCUUGACCUAGUUAUGGGUUCUUAAAUCUAAGUGACACUUCUAUUACCUAUAAAGAAUAUAACUGUAGUCGACCCAUUGGACAUUAUAGGAAAAGAGAAUGUUAACAUGUAUGAGUGUGGGAAAACUAAAGGGCUCAUUUUGGCUUCAAGUGUGCGAUGGUUGGUAACAAUUGGUUUCCGCUUCUAAUUAUUAGCUAAUAUAUAUGUAACUUGAUUAAUGUUAGCUUACAUAUCUCGUGCGCUGGAUAAAUUCUAAGCACAAAGGAAUAAAUCGAUAUUUAAGAAAAAAAAGAACUCGCCUAUGGUAAAGGCAAGGUCUAAGUACUGAGGUAUAAAUAUCAGCGUUCGUGCUCCAAACAUUGAGAUGUAUAUAAACAUUAUUUUGAACCAGGUAUAUCAAAAUUAUACUAACUAAUGAUUAACUUUUGAAUAUAUUAUAAUAGAUAAUAGAUUCAAUAACUUUUAUAUAUAUUGUAUU